AUGGAAGAAAAACUGAACAUAUACUUCUACCCAUUACAGAAAAUCAAGAUUUAUGGUCAACCCAACACAAUAGGUGUAACAUUGAAACCACUUAAAUUAGAAGAACACGAGAAAGAGGGAGAAGGUCGAAUCAAAUUGCAUUCUUUGAAUUGUAGGCCUGUGGAAACACCCCAUAUGAUAUAUGAUUCUCUAAAUUCUAACAUAUUAAACGAAAUUAAAAAUUUUCACGCGAACGAUAAGGUAUAUCACGUGGUGGGAUUAUCCACACAACAGAAGCAAGAUAAGGAUGGAAAAAAUGAAAGGCAGAACUUGGAAGACGAUGCUGAUGUGGAUGUUGAUAUGGAUGUUGAUGCGGAUGAUGAUGUUGAUAUGGAUGUUGAUGUGGAUGCUGCUGACGAUGCUGCUGACGAUGCUGCUGACGAUGCCGCUGACGAUGCUGCUGACGAUGCCGCUGACGAUGCCGCUGACGAUGCCGCUGACGAUGCCGCUGACGAUGCUGCUGACGAUGCUGCUGACGAUGCCGCUGACGAUUUGGUGAAUGUGUUUCUGGACUAUGAAGACAGAACUGGUGGAGUGGUGAAAAAACGUGAUUUGCUAGAUGAAAAAAGGAACCAUACGGGUUCGAAUGGCAAGGGGAGGAAGAAGAGCUCAUUUAUUGAUAAGAAUAUGUGCAAGAAAGAAGAGAAUUGUUUCAAUUGCAAUAAUGGGAAGGUAGGUAAUAGAAACCAUACGAAUAAGCACUUGAGCAUCCUUAGGAAAAGGGCCACUAAAAGUUGCUAUGAAUUUUUGCAGAAUUCUCGUACGUAUGAAAAAGAAAUACGACAUGAUAACAUCAAAGUUCGUGCAUCACUAGAUGUAGUUAAUACACUCUCCAUAUUUUACAUUGAUAAAAACAUGCACCUAGAUAACAGAUAUACUUACGAUUUGAAUUUCAAUAUCAAGUGUCCCGUUUUAGUGAUGCCAGGUGGGUUCUAUAACAACGAAAUAAAGCUGAUGGAGGUUCAAAUAGAUGAGUAUGUGUAUGAUGAUGACAGCGUGUAUGAAAAUGGUAGCACACAAGAAGGAGCCUCUCUCCCCCAGUAUCCAAGCAGAUUCAGUGCCAAAAAUAGUGACAGAUUCAAUGCCAAAAAUAGUGACAGAUUCAAUGCCAAAAAUAGUGACAGAUACAAUGCCCCAAAUGGUGACAGAUACACGGGAAACAGUGAAUACCUUCCCAUGAAUCUCAAAUUAAACUUCAACAACGAGAUUACCAUUGUGCCUGCGAAUUUGUCUACGGGAAAUUAUGAUGCAAAUGAAAGGGGAUUAUUACCUACAUAUUAUAAAUAUGCAGAGAAAAUAAAAUUAGCCAAGGAAUACAACAAGAAUCGGCUUUACAAAAAUAUUUAUAAGCUUGAAAAUAAUCAUCUCUUGUAUAAGCUAAAUAGAAAUUUUACAGAAGUGUAUCAAAAAGAAUCCAUUGUUGUUAGUAAAUAUCUGAAGAUAAAAGAAAUAAAAACUGAUAACAACAACAUUAAUGAAUCUAUAGUAUAUGCUAGGAAUGAUGUAGGCUUGUUUAUUUGUAAAGUGGAGUAUGCCUCGGGGGAAAUAUUUAACUGGGAUUGGAAUCAACGAGCUAGAGGGAUUAGCCAAACAGGAAAUAGGUUCUAUGCAGAUGUAAUGUUGAAUGAGGAAUGCACCACAUGUGGUAUGAUGUGUUGCAAAAGUGACAAGCAUACUGAUUGGACAAAGCAGUUGCAUCAUAGGAGCGAAGAAACUAACAUGAAUAUGAAUUAUGCAAAUCAAAGAGAGGACGAUACGUUCCACGUUCUGAAUUACAAAAUAAGAAUACUCAAAGAUAUUCAAUUGUUUGAUCGACUUUUACAAAUUUGCCCAAGCGCAUGGUCAUAUGGAAAAUGCAGCAUAUUGGGAAAUUAUAAUUGCAUAUAUUCAUAUGACAUGAAUACAAACUUAAUAGAAAUUCUUGAUUUGAAAAAGAGAGGAAGUAUAUUCAAAAAGAACGACACAGCUUUAUGCUUAUGUUAUUUACAUGAUGACAACACUAUUUUGUUAGGUUGUCGAAAUAUGUAUAUUUUUGAUAAGAGAGAAAAGGUAAUGUCUAAAUUUAACAUCAGUAACUCUGGUGUUAGAAAAGUGAAAAAAAAAAAAAUUGGACAGAGUGCACGUGAAUUAUAUUUAAAAGAAAUGCCACCACAAUUGAAAGAAAAUGGCAUGAAUGUUUAUCAUGAAGAUAAUACUAGAUCUCACUUUAAUAGAGGUUAUACAGCUAUAGAAAAAAAUCCAGAUUUUCCUUUCAUUAUUGCAUCUGUUAAUUCAGGUUUCAAUGUUAUAGAACUGUGGGAUAUACGAAGUCAAUAUGAACCAUUAUUUAUUUUUCCAUUGAAUAUUUCUGAAUUUUCAGAAUCACAUUUUAGACACAUUGAAUGGAUUAGUAUAAAUCCAAAUGGAAAAAAUCAAUAUGAACAGAAGACUGCAUACAAUUUAGUUACAUUUUCUUACUAUGAACAUUUUGUGUACAUUAGAAAAAUUUUAAUUUAUGAUAAUUUUACGACAUACAAAGAUUUAGGUAUGCAGACAUACACGAAUGAGUCUUCAUCUUAUGCUUAUAAUUACAUUUUUAAGGUCGGAUCAGAAAAUGUACAGGAUGUUAACAUAACAGAUGAACACAAGAUCAGCAUUCAUAGUUAUAAUCCUUUUACAUCUGUCGAUGUGCCAGAACCCAUUCCCUCCUCUAGUAGUGAGGUAAAAAAAGAACAUGAUGAAUCCAUUUUGGGUUCGUUCGCAGCUGAAGAAAGGAAUGCUGACUUUAAGAAUUCUGUAUUUCUACCGAAUGAGAAAAAUCAAACUAUGGUAGGAGAAAAUAACCAGAUACAAGAUAGACAACUGAUUGGUGAAUCUAAGACGGUUAGAGAAAAAGAAGAUGUUGAAAAGGAGUUACAUGCAAACGAGAUGUACAUACGAAAAGACAUAUCGUUUAAUCACAUAUUUAGCUACAAAACAGUGAAAAUGUUCGUACAGGAUUCAAUGGUUUUAGACAUGUCAAAAUUCAAUUCAAUGCAAAAGAACAAAACAGAAUCCAUAAAGCUGAUAACAGACAGUGGAAAGUACAAUUCGAUAAACACAAAUAUGUAUAAUUUAUUUUUUGGAUUAUAUGGAAUGAAAUUUAUACAGUUAUGUAUCCCAGUUUUAUAUUGUAACAAACAAAAUGAAGAAAAAUCAUACGAAAAGGAACAAUGCGCUGGGAGAAGAAGGGAAGGAGACCUUCUCAACACUCAUCUGGAAAAACAUUACUAUUUUGAUGAAAAAAGUACAAAAACAUUGAAAUAUUUUAUAAAGAAAAAAAGGAAGGAAUUUUUUCAUAAGAGACAAGAAAUUGUAGGAAUAAAAUUUGAUUAUGUUCAAUUCGUCUUGCACAUUAAUUCUGCCGGACAAAUUUUUUGCACUCCUCUUAAUCUGUGUGUAAAGAACAUAGACCAGAAAUAUUUUAAGGACUGGAUACCCAUAAAUAAAUCCUACACAACAAGAACAUAUCGAAAUGAGAAUGCAUAUUCGUUACUUGGAAUGCUUGUAGAUAUAGUUCAAAAUGUAACCAUUGAUGAAGCAAGGGCGAGUGAUGAAGCAAGGGUGAGUGAUGGAGAAAGAUCGGGUGGUGGAGCAAAACCAGAUGAUGGUAAAAUGGAGCAACAAGAAAUAAACAUGUUCCAAAAUCAAUGUGAGAAAGAGCUGGGAGAAAAUUGGGAAGAACAACCUAAUUCUGAUAAUGUACCGGUAUUAUAUGAAAGUCCACAUGACUACAAAGAUGAUCCAGAGGAUGAAGAAUUUAACAUUCUUAAUUUUGAGGAAUUGGAAGGACUUGUGUCAAAUGAUGUUAAACGUCGAGAAGAUGAAGAUAAAGACGAAGAAAAAAGAAGAAGAAAAAAAAAUGAUCACCAACAAAAUGAAUCCAUUAUGGGUACAGAACAAGAUGGAGAAGACAAUUUUGGUGGUACUACUAUUCCUAAGGCUAUAAAAUCGAAUAGUCUUUUAGAUCUAAAUAAAGAUAACUGCGACAUGCUAAAGAAUACGAGGUCGCCAUUUGCCAAUGUCACUUAUGAAUUUUUAUCCCAUAUAUUUAAACUAAUGUAUCGAGAUAAAGUUCUGAUUGUUCAGAAUAAUAAAAAUGCCAUAAAAAUAGGAACUUUGAAAAAUUUCCACUUAAGUAAAAAUCUUGCUUUCAAAAUUAGGAGAUGUCUUCAGAUGGAAGAAGAACUACUUACAUUUAAUUCCUCACCAAAUGUAGAUUUGUAUGGAAUGCCUUACCGUGUUCAGUAUGAAACAAAAGAAAUAAAAGAUAUAAAAAAUUCUACAAGCACACACUGUGAUAGCUAUUUACCUGCAACAUUUCCUCUCUCAAGAUCAACCUUCCAUACGCAAGAAGGGGAAGGAAAUUUCUCCACUUUGUUAGAUCAGUCCAAAAUUAUGAUGAGAGAUGAUCCUAUCUUUGAUAAAUUUCCCUCUGAGGUUAAAUGUUCAUCACAGGCAGUUGAAAAAAACGGAAGGCAUGUCUUAAAUGAUCCCAUUUCCAAUUGCGACAGAAGUGGACCAUAUGACCAAAGUGAAAAAAGGGCUAGUCAAAACGUAAGUUCAGAAGUGGCUGACCCGGUAGAUGCUGCGAAUGUGGCUGACCAGGUAGAUGCUGCGAAUGUGGCUGACCAGGUAGAUGCUGCGAAUGUGGCUGCCUCGGCAGAUGGAAUAUCCUCUGGCGAAUUUGUCUACCCAUCUGUAGAAGAAGAAAAAGAUUUACCUGAACAGGCAAGGGGGAGAAAAUUGAAAACAAUAUUCACAUCUAAAGAAGGAAAGGUCGACAAAGGUGGUAGAAUUGGACUUGUUGGAAGAUGUGGACAUACAUGCAGACAUGAAAAGAAACAAGCAGAUUUGAUAAUUGAAUACAUGAAGAAAUGUAUAAAAAACGUGGAUAAAAAAUCCUCAAAAAAUGUAAUUAAUGAUUGCAGGAAGAAGGCGAAGAGUAAAAAAAAUAAAAAGGUUAUAUCAUCUCAAUGUCGAAACAGUGAGAUACUAUGUUCGAAACAUAAUAUUUAUGAGCUAUUUGCAAAAUAUAAUAUAAAGAAAGAAUUUAAGUACGAUGUCAUACAAACCAAUUUAACCCCCACUUGUAGUUAUGUAAAUUUAAAGUAUUUGAACAGAGCAUUUUUUAAAGAAAAUAAAUAUUCCUUUUGUACCUUCCAUUUUAAUAAUUUUUUCUAUGUACAAACAUUGGCUGAUUUGAAAUAUUCAGCUUAUGGAUUGAGCAAUGAAAUGAAAAACAAAUUUAUACAGGACAGUUAUCCGUAUGUAACUUAUUCUCCUAAUUUCCAGCCAAGUAGAAUUUUAAAACGGGCGAAGUUAACCAAGGGAGAAAAUAUCAACAGGACAAACGAUAUGUAUAAUGAAAAUGUAAAUGUGGAAGAAAGGGAUGAAUACUGUACCCAUAAAGACAUCGAUAAGGACUAUGCUAAGGAUUUUUACCGUCCCUCGAAUUCUGAUUUUUUAAAAUUACUUCUAAAUAUGGUAAACAAAAAAGAAAAAAUGCUAAUCAAUUUUGUUGGACGAGCUGGAAUAACAACAAUGUGUAAAAAUGGAAAUAUUAUAUCACACAAAUAUGAAGAAGUGAAGGAUUUAUCACGACAUAACAAUGGUAGUAAAAGAAGAGAUAUACAGAUAAAGUUUUCCCCCGAAAUUAAUCAAAAUUACCACCAUGAGUUUGAUAAAAUAAAUUGUUUGCCUUCAAAUGAAACUCAUACAUUUGAUACACUGCAAAAUGUAAGUAAACAGGAUCAAGCAUAUGUUGAUUAUCAACAAGAUGAAUUACGGAAUAGUUCAAGUUUUAUGAACUCGGUUCAAAUUUUUAUGCAAAACAGUGUAACAGAAAAAAUAGAGGAAUUCUACAAUUUCUAUGAUGCAGAACAACCUGCACCUGAAGAUCUACUAAUAAACCAUGAGGAAGCUACACUAUGCAAAGAAGGAGGGUCUAGAAAGAUGAAGAAUUUAUCGCGAGAAAAGGAAGAAUUGGAGAAACGAAUAUACAGUUUAUCAAUUUUAAGAAACGCAUAUAAUAUGAAAGAACUAUUCGGCAUAUACAACACAAUGGGGGUUUACUACAUAUUAAAUGUCAUGAAAAGAGCAGAAUUGAUAAAAAAAAAUAAGGGAGGGGGAAAAAAAAAAAAAAAAAAAGAAAAAGCAAAGAGGAUAAGAAAUGGAAAGGAUGAAAAGAGGAUAAGAAAUGGAAAGGAUGAAAAGAGGAUAAGAAAUGGAAAGGAUGAAAAGAGGAUAAGAAAUGGAAAGGAUGAAAAGAGGAUAAGAAAUGGAAAGGAUGAAAAGAGGAUAAGAAAUGGAAAGGAUGAAAAGAGGAUAAGGAAACUUUGUGCAAAUAUCCCCAAAGAACUGAACAAAUGCAUUCCUGUAAAAAAUUUUUUUUUUUACGAUGCACCGAUAUGUUUUUGUCUAUAUGACAAUGACUUGAACAAUAAACUCCAAUACAACACAUAUAUAAAUUCAUAUGAAUUUCUUUUUGAUGUUGUAUCCUUCUUCAACAACAACAUUGUAGUGAGGAAUGAAAUUAAAAAAUUUUACCUGUAUGACCAUGUGCCUUUUAUUUAUAAGAAUAUAAAGGGCAAAAAAAGUGCACAUACAAUGGAUGCUCCCUAUUCUUUAACUGAAAAGGAGUGUCCAGAUAAAAAUAAUGAGGAUGAAAAAAACUUAAAUGAUAGAAAAUCUGUACUCCAAUUGCAUUGGCACACUUGUUGGAAUUCACUCUGGGAGGAAGAAGAUCCAUUCGUGAGGCUCCGACAUAAUGCUCAUGUUUGUGAUAUCCGUGUGACUAAUCCCAGGCGAAGUGGAAGAAGAAGUGAUGAUGAGACUUACGAGGAACAAAGCAGGGGUAAUGAUGAGACUUACGAGGAACAAAGCAGGGGUAAUGAUGAAAUUUUCGAGGAACAAAGCAGGGGUAAUGAUAUGACCCGUGAAGAACAAAGCAAAAGUGAUAAGCUCACAGAAAAUAGCAAAUGGGGGGAAGACAUUGUGCCAAAUUACGAUGAAUUGUUGGACCGAUUUAAAAAACGAAAGCUGCUCUUCAUUAGUAAGGACAUUACAUACAAAACUUUUCAACAUAUGAUGCAUAAUGAGUACUAUAUUCCUAUACCAAAGUAUAUGAAGAAUGAAAUAAAAGUGAAUGAAGAAAAUUUUCAGUGCACACCUAUAACCUGCUUUAAAAAUCAUGUAAUAGGAUUUUACAACAAAAAAUUAUCAGACAUUUAUAACUCAGUCGAAUUUCAUAAUUUGAAAAAUUUUGAUAUGCACCAAUAUAUAUAUCAUGAAUAUUUUAAUAUGGUGAGGAUUCAAACAGAGGAGGAUGGGAGCACCUCUUUGAAUAAGUAUAUAAACCAAGGGGAUACAAGACAAAAUAAUUCUGCAGCUCUAGGUGGUUUUAAAGGUGGAUAUAAAAUAGACUACUCUUUACUGAACAAACUUUAUAAAUUGUGGCCUAGUGACGCACAAAGUUACGAGCCUAAGCAGGAUUACAUGGAAAUGAUGAAAACUCUUAAAAACAGAAAAAAGGCUAUUUUCCAUAACUAG